CCUGUCCUGCCUUACCAUACCUUAUGAAGGCGGUACACGUUUUUAUAAGGCAGGCACAGAGACCAGGACAUUAAGAUCCAGAUCAAGCUCUCGUCCGGACAUCAGACUUGACUGCGGAAGUACUUCAACUUGGACGUCAUAGGACACAGAUUUAACCAUGAUCAGGACUUUCCUCCUUCUGCUUCUGCUUGUCGGAAGCAACAGUCGCGUUUUAAACAAACGUGAAUCAGGCGAGCCAGACGAAAGGUCUGGUGAGUCAGACGAGUGGUCUGGUCAUGAUUCCCCAAAGGAAACCACCGCCACCCCAGUGAGGACCAGAUACCCAAAGCCCACCACCACCCCAUCUACGACCACAGACACCACCACCACAUAUACGACCACAUACACCACCAGCCCGACCACGUACACCACCACAUACACCACCACCCCAUAUACGACCACAUACACCACCACCCCGACCACGUACACCACCAGCCCGACCACGUACACCACCACAUACACCACCAUCAUAUACGACUACACCACCACCACCCCAUAUACGACCACAUACACCACCACCCCGACCACGUACACCACCAGCCCGACCACGUACACCACCACAUACACCACCACCCCAUACACCUCCACCACAUACACCACAUACACCACCACCCCAUACACCUCCACCACAUACACCACAUACACCACGACCCCAUACACCUCCACCACAUACACCACAUACACCACGACCCCAUACACCUCCACCACAGGGCCAACCACCACAGACACGACCACCACCAAAGUGAAGCCCUACUACCACCAUCACCACCAUUACUACUACUACCACCACCACCCCUCUCACAACUCCAGUGCAUACAACCACCACCCCCACCACCACCCCUUCCACAACUCCAGUGCACACCACCACCACCACCACCCCUUCCACAACUCCAGUGCACACCACCACCAUCACCACCACCACCACCACCACCACCACCGUAGAUAG